AUGGCUACUCAACGUCACUACUAUCAGCCCUCUGCUCACGCCAUGAACAUGCCAUCCAAGGCUCCCGCGCCAGCGAGCAUGUACCCGAUUUCUAGAGUUCCAGGCUCCCCACCUGACUACUCUGAUGCGAGUACUACAGCUGGUAGUCGCACCUCGGGCGGACUCACAUUCAGCUCCGCCGGCGCCAGCGGCGACUAUGAGACCAGCCCCGCAUCAUACUCGGGCGUUGACGUCGUUGACGUUCUGAACAACCGUAUGCAACAUUCGUUCGAUCCGACGCCAUUGGAUCGAGGUCUGGCGAAACAAGCGCAAACCUCCGGCCACCUGAACGCUAAGCAGCAAGAGCUUCUGGAGCUGCAAGCCCUAGCUCAGCGACGUUUGAAGGGAGUCCGCGCCAACUUCAACGAGGGACUCAAAACCGCACGUGAGACAAAGCGUGAUUUGGAGUGGACUCAAAAGCGCGUCAGUGCUCUGAAAGGAAAGGCCGAGAAGGUCCACCCCGAUGAAUACCGUCGGGCAUCGAAGAAGUAUACCUUUGAUGAUUACUGA